AUGAGGAUUCUUGCGUGGAAUUGUAGAGGGGCGGCUAAGCCGGCCUUCAUGUCUUCCUUUAGGCGGUUGGUUCAGAUCCAUAGUCCAGAGAUCUGCCUUCUCUAUGAAACACGACUAUCCGGUAGUGGACUGGAUCGUGUAGUACGCCGGUUUGAGGUCGACUGGGAGUCAUAUGUAGUUGAGUCCCAGGGGCUGUCCGGGGGUAUUGUGGCUCUGUGGAAGCGGGGUGGGGCUACAGUCGAUGUAUUCCAUAACUGUUCCCAACAGGUCCUGAUGAUUAUUUCGGCACCUAACACCGCACCAUGGGUCCUGAGUGGUGUGUAUGCUAGCACUGACCAUCGGACCAGGAGGGUCCUGUGGGAUGAGCUCACCCACUUAAUAGCUCAAGGUUUUCCAACGGCGAUAGUGGGUGAUUUUAAUUGUAUCUUGGAGGGGAGUGAGAAACGUGGAGGUAGGGCUUUUACUGACACUGUGGAUAGGAGGGAGUUUCGAGACUUUCUCUCGCGAAACGGCCUAGUGGAUCUAGGAUUCUCUGGCCCGCAAUUUACUUGGUGUAAUAACCAGUCCGGUCAAGCCAGGGUGUGGGAGCGGCUCGAUAGGGCUAUUGCUUCCACUGACUGGCUUACCAGAUUUCCUUCCUACAGGGUUAGUCAUCUACCCCGGAUUGCUUCGGACCACUGUCCUUUGUUGAUUUCGACUGUAUCUGGUUCUUCUCACCAGUGCCUCUUCCGCUUCGAGAAGGUUUGGUUGUCUCUCCCUCAAUCCUGGGACAUUGUCCGAGGAGCUUGGAGUCUGCCGGUUCGUGGUGACCCCAUGCAGAGGGUUUCACGUAAUUUGGAAUUGACUAAGCGUCGGCUAUGGCGUUGGAACCGUGAGGUAGUGGGGGAUAUCUUUAGAAAGUUGGAGGGGGUGGAGGCUGCGAUUGCCGACCACCAAAGUAGAGAAGACCAGAUGGGUGCGCUCCCCGAGGCCGAUAUGGUCAGCCUUCGGGGACUCCUCGCCACUCACCACUCGAUCUUGCGGCAACAUGAGAUCUUCUAG